CUACAAACAUCGAAAGGAACAAUUCUGAGUGAGAUCGAGAAAAAAACAAAAUAAGAAACAAGAAUAUAUGAGAAUUUGCAACGAAUAAGGCUUGGAGAGCAUUGAGUUGUCCAAAGUCUUCGUUUGACAGUGAAACAGUGAAAAUGUCGUUUCGAAUUAGCGGUUGGGGUGAACAGUUUUCAGAUGCCUUCUAUGAGCGAGCGACGACAUUGCUAACUGCCGCCCUUAACAAGGGUGCGAAGCACUCACUAAUUGCUGAUCGCAUUACUGUUAAGGAAUUGGAUAUGGGCGAACAACCACCGGAAUUGGAAAUACUAGAAAUUGGGGAUCUGGCUCCUGAUCGGUUUCAGGGUUUAUUUAACUUUCAUUAUUCAGGAAAUGCAUCAUUGGUUUUACAGACAAAAAUUCGGGCGAAUCCCUUGUCCGUCGAAAAACGUAAAGUACCCAGCUUUGGAGCUAGAAACACCAUGCUUGCAUCUUGUGCCCCUUUGACGGUUCCCAUGUUCUUGCGCUUAUCGAAUCUUAAACUCAAUGGUAUUGUUGUUUUGGUGUUUUCAAAGCAAAAGGGAAUUACCAUGGUGUUUCGCAACGACCCUUUGGAAUCUUUGCGGGUUUCUUCUUCAUUUGACUCAAUACCUGCGAUUGCUCGUUUUCUGCAGAGAGAAAUAGAGGUGCAACUUGCAGCUUUGUUUCGAGAAGAACUUCCUUCUAUCAUUUACAAAAUGUCUCGUUUGUGGUUUGCCAAAGCAGAUCCGUCCCUUCCCUUUUCCGUCCCUAAGCCUGGCCCUACUGUUUUUGGAGCCUCCAGGGAAGCCGUAAAACAAUCCUCCACAAAUCCCGAAUUUUUAGACGGUCCCCCAGAUUACAUCGAAUCCACUAAGGUUGAUACUCAGUAUCCGAUGAAAAUGGGUCCGUUGGACGUUCAUGCUCAUCCAAAUCUUCAAUCGUUGACGAAGUUAGCAUUGUCAAGGAACUCCCUAUAUCCGAAAUCCUCCAACAACAUUCCCAUGUGCAUUUUUAGGUCCACUCCGUUUGAUACCAUCCAUCGGCUUUCUGCUCAAUCUGAGGAGUCCUCUUGUACUCCUCUUUCUACACUUUCCCCUUCUCCUUCUUCAGAUUAUUUCUUUACACAGCAUAAUGUCUCUUCUACAGGGACUAUAUCGACGCGGCCUUCUAUAUUUGGCAGAAUGAAGAAUGCUCAUCCUCAUCGUCGUCGUGAGCAAGUGAAGAAACGACACGUUAUACGUUUACAAUCUUUAAAAAACACGCAAUCCUCGCCGUCAAAUACAAUUCCUGCCAGUCAUAAUUCGGACCCUUUUGUCUGCGAACCUAUUUUGUUUUCGAAAAAUGAAAAGUCAAUAAUGGCAGAUUCUUCCGAAGGAAAGCCAGAGAAAGUAAUCCUUUACGAUUCCAAUGUAAAAGAUCGAACUGAAAAAUCUCCCCUAAGCAGUCCUAUCCCUCAUUGGCGAGCAGACGAAUUACAACGAAAGCUACAAAUGGAAUCAAAUUCUAACAAAUUUCCCAACUCACAAUAUAAUACCAUUAAGCUACUUGCUCUGCAGCGUUUAUUGAAUGCUAAUCGCUCUUUUUGAUUCUUUCUUUUUUGUGUUAUCCUUUCGCGCUGUGAAACUAUCGACCAAUGUGUGAAAAGAGCGAUUUAAAACUUUUACGCUUGCUUGAUGCCUUUUUGCUAGAAUCAAGCUUUCUCAUGUCAUUGCGUAUAUUUUCUUUUAGCCUUUUGUAUAUUACUGGUAUACGAGAGAAGCUUAAUUUUCUCUUAUUUAUAAUCCGUUAAUGUUUUACCCUUUUGUUGCUAAUUUCGAUAGUUGAAUCGAAUAAAAGUUCUUAAUUUUUUCGUACGGCUUGGUAUAUUUUUCAAAUGUUAGACUAGUAUUUUGCAGUUCUUUAAAUUUAAAUAAAAAAAGGAAUGUAACACUGUUUAGUUUUCUGUAGGACCAAUAAUAAAACAUGAG